UCUAUAUAUAUACUAGAGUAAGUACCACAUAAUCUACCUUUAGAAAAUUAAAAAAAAAAUCCAAACAAGGCGUAAACAAAAGGAUGAUGCUUAUAUAAAAGCAGUGGAAUCUUCCAAUCAUAUACUACAACUGUUUCACCAAAAGUACAUCUGGAAAGAGCGGCAAAGGAGACACCACGGAAGCACCAACCCCUCCACCCCCGGCCAUUAAAUUCCAGAAGAACAUCUUCCUCGGAAUCAUCGAUGAAGGAUUAUUGCCGUCGUUGAAACAAGAAAUUCAAUCACGGCUAUUCUUGGAUCAUUCGUUUUUAUCUUCACAAUUCAUCAUCAACAAGGCAAAGUGUUGAUCGAUAAUCCAACACUUCUGGUGGACGAUAAGCACCGUACCCCUUCCCCUCACGGCGGUAGGGGUGCCUCUCCUGCUGAAGGCGGUUGCCCUUCCGAUCUCCUCUUCCUCGCCGGCGGCGGUCCACCUCUCUCUUAGACUUUUCUUGUAAGAAUUGUUAUAAAUAUUAUUUCUUUUGAAUUAUUCAUUGAAGAACAGGAGCAAUGUUGACUAUAAAGAGGGUGCCCACAGUAGUUUCAAACUACCAAGAGGACGUUCUUCUUGAAAGUAACGUCGUUGGUUGUGGCAGAAAGUGCCUUGGAAAAUGCUGCUUGCCUGUUUCCAUGCUUCCUCUAUACUCAUUCAAGAAUGAUGACAAUGAGCCAAUGGAACAUAAUAUUCAUACCUUACCUGAGGAGGAGUAUCAGAUAUCAUUCUUAAACAAUUUGCUGUUAGGUCUAUGGGAGGAGCGGAUGAGCCAGGGACUAUUUCGAUAUGACGUGACAACCUGUGAAACAAAGGUCAUUCCUGGGAAAUGUGGUUUUAUUGCACAGCUGAAUGAGGGGCGCCACCUAAAGAAGCGCCCAACAGAGUUUCGCAUUGAUAAGGUUCUUCAGCCUUUUGAUGAGAACAAAUUCAACUUUACCAAAGUGGGACAGGACGAAGUGCUUUUCAGGUUUGAACCAAGCACUGACUACAAACGGCGUUACUUUUCGGGCAUGGGAGUAGACGCUGGUAUUUCACCUAGUAUUGUUGCUAUCAAUGUGAGCCCUAUUGAGUAUGGCCACGUGCUUUUGAUACCUCGAGUUCUUGAUUGUUUACCUCAGAGAAUUGGUCGUGAUACUUUCACAAUUGCUCUCCAUUUUGCCAGAGAAAUGGCAGAUCCCUUCUUUAGGGUAGGUUAUAACAGUUUGGGCGCUUUUGCUACCAUUAACCACCUCCACUACCAGGCAUAUUACUUGUCAGUUCCAUUUCCAGUUGAGAAAGCACCAGUACGGAAGAUACUGGCAAGGAAGGGGCUGGGUGGCGCUGGAGUGAUUGUUUCGAAGUUAUUAAAUUACCCUGUGAGAGGUUUUACUUUUGAGGGAGAAAAUGGAAGUACCAUCCGUGAUUUGUCUGAGGUUGUUGUCAAUUCCUGCAUCUCCCUUCAGAAUAAAAACAUCCCUUUCAACAUUCUCAUUGCUCAGUGUGGAAAGAAGAUUUUUCUGUUUCCCCAGUGUUAUGCAGAGAAGCAAGCUCUUGGAGUUGUAGACCAAGGGCUCCUCGAUACUCAGGUGAACCCCGCUGUGUGGGAAAUUAGUGGACAUAUGGUGCUUAAGCGAACAAAGGAUUACGAAGAUGCAUCAGAGAAACUUGCAUGGAAACUUCUUUCUGAGGUUUCCUUAUCGGAGGAGAAAUUUGAAGAGGUGAAGGGCUAUAUUUCUGAAGCUGCUAAUUUGGAAGAAAUGGAGGAGGAUAAAAGCAUCAACCCAGAUAAGGAAAUUCCAGAUUCUCCUGGUCCGAGAGUGGCCUCACAUGUGCCUCAAGAUUGUUUGGUGCUACACUGAAGAAUUGAGGCAUGCUCUUGCAGGAUCUAAUAAAGGUUGAAGUAUCUAGUGUAUGGUUGAUACUUUAUGUGCUGUCUUUGCAGCUUCUUGUUUGAUAUUGUCUUGUUAGUUGGAGUUGGUAAACUAAUCCCCGAAUAGCGUUUUUUUUCUUUUUUUGGUUAACCCGAAUAGCGUUGUUAAUGCCUGCGAGCUGCGGCCUUUGGCAGGGUUGUUUAAUAAAUAUUGCUGUACCUUCUUUGUUGGUUUUAUAACUGAUCAUAUUAGCAAAUGUUCCUAA